UACUACCCAUUGAUUUGUGUAGUGCCAGUACAAAUGCAACAUUUUUAAAAUGUUUAAAUCAUUUCAAUUUGAAGGCCGAAUUAAUGGAUACCGGAUUUUGGUCCACAUUAAAGCGGGGUCAAGUUGUGGCCAAAUAUCUAACUUCAAAAAAAAUAAUUUUUUGGUUGUACGGCGAGGAAGACUCAUUUUUCACAACUUUGGAAACCCAAAUCGUCGAAACCUUGUCAUUGGGGCUCGGUUCGUCGAUUUGGGUAUUUCCAAAGUGUGAAAUGUUACACUAUUCUGGGUUUUGUGCAUUGAUUAGAUCAAAGCUGGCAGACCAUGCACAAAACCCAAGCAUCAGAGUAUGCGACCCGAAUAUGUCAACACAAACGAUGGUGGCAGCAAAAUGGCCCAGAGGCAGGGCCAAUAUUCGGUCAUCGCCAUUAUUACAGAGUACGUCUGGCAGUAAUCUGCAAUUCGGCCAAGUACGUGGUCGUGGCGGAAUAAUACGUGGUCGUGGAGGGCUAACACGUGGUCGUGGUGGGUUAAUGCGUGGUCGUGGUGGUGAGGUCCAUGGACGCAGUGGGCAUUUCCCACCCUCCGCGACAAUUUACGCAGAAGCCCUCAGGUCGAUUGUGUCAGUUGUUCAAAUGGCUACAACAUCGACGAAUCCCCAGGAAUCACCAUCACCUGCAGUACACAAUGUUUUUCGAGGACGAGGAUGGCCACGGGGACGGCAUAAUAUAUCUUGCCAUUCGUGUGGGGCGUUUGGCCAUUUGCGGCGGAAUUGUCCUAAAAAAUGUAU